CUGAAAUCAUCGUCUGAGCUUUCACCAUUACCUGAUUUAACUAUGGAAGGAAAAGAUGAUGGAAUAGCGAGCUUUCAGACAGAAACAAAGGUUACCCAUCCUACUGCCCCGAAACUUUUGAAUGAUGCUUUUAAGGAUGGCUCUUCGAUGGUGCACCUUAAGGACUUUCAGAUCACGUCGCCUGAUCCUAUUCAAGGUAUGGACACAAGUUGGGAAGGUACAGAUGAUGGUAUAGGAAGUCAGCGAGCAGAAAAGGAGGUCUCAUCUCAGAUUUUCCCGAAAUUACUGGCUAAUGCUAUCAAGAGUGGUCCCAAGUUGAUGCAUAAGAUCGAAAUUGAACAAGGUAACCUUCCUAUCUUCUCUUUUUCCUCCCCGGAUGGUACUUUCAAGGCUAGUUCUUCGGAUAUUUCAAAGCCUAGAACGUAUAUAGGUAAAAGAACUAGAUCUUGGGGGAAAAAAAUGAAAGAGAAAGAAGUGGUGGAGAAUUUUGACAGAGUGGAUAAGUUGAAUCAGGAUGAACCUAUGGCUAAGAUAUCUAAAAGGAAAGGUCAAGAGGAGGAGGGUACCUCUUCCAAAACUCUGCUUAUAGACAAAGAUACGGUGAUUCAAGAAGGGAGAAGCGGUGGUUUGGCUAUUUUUUGGAAAGAUCAUAUAGAGAUUGACAUUUUGAGCGCUGAUAAAAAUCUCUUAGAUCUAAAAGCUUCCUCUGGUAGUAAGAGUUGGUUUCUCUCUUGUGUAUAUGGUCCUCCUCUUUUGGCUUCUAGGCAUUUGUUGUGGAAUAAGCUUAGUGAUAUAGGCAGUACAGGCAAUGGUUAUACUUGGGGAGGUACUAGGAAUAAGCAAUGGAUUCAAUCUAAGCUGGAUCGAUGUUUUGGAAAUUCUGAAUGGUUUACUCUAUUCCCCAUUUCGCAUCAAUGGUUUUUGGAAAAACUUGGCUCAGACCAUCGACCUGUGUUGGUUAGAUUUAUAAAUGACCAAGAAAUUUUUAGAGGUCAAUUCAAGUUUGAUAAAAGGUGGGCAGAGGAUCCAUGUUUGGAACAGGUCAUUCACAGUUCUUGGAAUCGAUCUACUUAUAAUGAUGAGCCUUCUGUUUUGGUGAAAAUAGCAGAGUGUAGACGAGCUAUUAGUUCUUGGAAAAAACAGAGUGAUACUAAUUCUAGAAUUAGGAUUGCAAGACCAUCGUAUGCUUGGCGCAGCAUUCUCUUUGCUAGACGGCCAGUUAGUUUGCAGCCUUUGAUGAAUAUUAAUCUGAAAGUCCACCAGUUAAUUGAUCCUCGUUCCAGAACCUGGAAACUUGAUGUGUUGCAAACUUUAUUCCCUUUGAAUGAUGUAAAGCUUAUUCUCCAGCAACAACCUUGGUCAGGAACUGCGGAUUUCUAUUGCUGGUCGGGUACUCCUAGUGGGAUCUAUGAUGUCCAAUCCGGAUACAAAUUGAGUAGUAACAUUGCUCAUAAGCAAUUGUUCUAUGAAGCUGGAGAAUCUCCUUCAGUGAAUCCAAUUUUAGACAGCAUCUGGCAUCUUCAUAUUCCAUCAAAAAUUCAGUUGCACGACAGUCCAAUUUCCCAGCCUCCUCAGAUGUCUACUCCACCGGCGGAUUAUGAUGAUAUGUCAGAGGCUCUCCCCUCCUUCCAUGGUUCUAGUGCUGAUGAUACUGACGUCUUUACAGUCCCUGGACCACGUCCUGGUCAUAGAAGGCGGCAUCUUUCAGAGCACUCUCAUAGUAGUCUCCAUUCUGAUGGAUGUGUUCCUUCAAUGGGCUUUACAAAUUUAGAGCCAGGGGAGUCUUCCAAAAGAAAGAGCUCAAGUGCAUCACCUACGGUGUCUGACCAAAGACUGAAGAAGAAGUAUCCAGGUCUGGAUAAACGACUGAUGUGUGUAGCAUACUGUUUGGUAGCUUUGGACAUAGGUGCUUGCUUGAUGAAGUCACAGUUAAACUGCAAGGGUUUUUUGGAAGAUACUCAUAAGCUGUAUGCUUAAGAAGUAUGAUCCCUCAUAUUAGUUUAUCUGAAGCAGAAGUUACAAUGAGUUUUAACAUUCUCUGAAGCUAGCUUUGUAAUAAUGCUCCCACUAAUAUGAUGUAAUACUGUACUGUGGUUUACCUUGUAAUUAAUAAAAUCAACUUUUUGUG